AUGCGCAAAAAGCGGGGAAAACCUUCGCAAUUCUGGCUAUCCCCGGAUGAUCUCAGCAGCCAACGUGGAUGUGAUUGUUGUUUUGCGGAGUUAGCGAAGCAUUCCCUCCAUGCACGGAGUUACAGCGCGACGCAAGAAAUUAGAUUGAUAAAAUGCGGGGGAUCAGCAGCGGGACAUCUGUCAACCCCGGAACACGAGCCAACAAAGACAGCAGAUCAGAUGAAGAAUAACUUCGUUGCGGGCAAAAAUAUAUACAGCCAAAAGCACACAACUUUGCGAAGUUUCAAGACACCCCUGUCUUCGGAAUUUAUAACAUAG